CGGUGCGCCCCUCCGAGAGUGCCCCAGCGCUCGGUUUCUGUCAGCUCUCCCGGCUAAUUCUCCUCAGCGGGAUUAAAGUUGGAGAUUGCGCGGAGAAUCGAGUUGUCCGGGAACAGAGCCUCGGCCGCCGCCAGAGCGAUGUUCCCGCAGAGCCGGCACCCGACGCCGCACCAGGCGGCAGGCCAGCCCUUCAAGUUCACGAUCCCGGAGUCCCUGGACCGGAUUAAGGAGGAAUUUCAGUUCCUGCAGGCGCAGUAUCACAGUCUUAAACUGGAAUGUGAGAAACUGGCAAGUGAAAAGACAGAAAUGCAGAGACACUAUGUGAUGUAUUAUGAAAUGUCAUAUGGAUUAAACAUUGAAAUGCAUAAACAGACAGAAAUCGCCAAGAGAUUGAACACGAUUUGUGCACAAGUCAUCCCAUUUCUGUCUCAGGAACAUCAACAACAGGUGGCCCAGGCUGUUGAACGUGCCAAGCAGGUGACCAUGGCAGAGUUGAAUGCCAUCAUCGGGCAGCAGCAGUUGCAAGCCCAGCACCUCUCGCAUGGCCACGGACCCCCGGUCCCCCUCACGCCUCACCCUUCUGGACUGCAGCCACCUGGUCUCCCGCCCCUGGGGGGCAGCGCCAGCCUGCUCGCACUGUCCAGUGCUCUGAGUGGGCAGUCUCAUUUGGCAAUAAAAGAGGACAAGAAGCACCACGAUGCCGAACACCACAGAGACAGAGAGCCGGGCACAAGUAAUUCUCUCUUGGUCCCAGACAGUCUAAGAGGUACAGAUAAACGCAGAAAUGGACCUGAAUUUUCCAGUGACAUCAAAAAAAGGAAGGUGGAUGAUAAGGAUUCCAGCCACUAUGACAGUGAUGGAGACAAAAGUGAUGACAACUUAGUAGUGGAUGUGUCUAACGAGGACCCUACUUCCCCUCGUGCAAGUCCUGCCCAUUCACCCCGGGAAAACGGAAUAGACAAAAACCGCUUGCUCAAGAAAGAUGCUUCCAGCAGCCCAGCAUCUACAGCGUCCUCGGGAAGUUCUACCUCUUUGAAAUCCAAAGAAAUGAGCUUGCAUGAAAAAGCCAGCACGCCUGUUCUAAAAUCCAGCACACCGACGCCUCGGAGCGACAUGCCAACGCCGGGCACGAGCGCCACUCCAGGACUCCGUCCAGGCCUCGGCAAACCGCCAGCCAUGGAGCCCCUCGUCAACCAAGCGGCAGCCGGUUUGCGGACACCCCUGGCAGUUCCCGGCCCGUACCCUGCGCCCUUCGGGAUGGUGCCCCACGCAGGCAUGAAUGGCGAGCUGACCAGCCCUGGAGCAGCCUACGCUGGCCUGCACAACAUGUCUCCCCAGAUGAGUGCCGCCGCCGCCGCUGCCGCUGUUGUAGCCUACGGGCGCUCCCCCAUGGUUGGGUUUGAUCCUCCUCCCCACAUGAGAGUACCUACCAUCCCCCCCAACCUGGCAGGAAUCCCUGGGGGAAAACCUGCCUACUCCUUCCACGUGACUGCAGAUGGUCAGAUGCAGCCAGUCCCCUUCCCCCCUGACGCCCUCAUAGGACCUGGAAUCCCCCGACAUGCUCGCCAGAUCAACACACUCAACCACGGGGAGGUGGUGUGCGCAGUCACCAUCAGCAACCCCACGAGGCACGUGUACACGGGCGGCAAGGGCUGCGUCAAGGUGUGGGACAUCAGCCACCCUGGCAACAAGAGUCCCGUAUCCCAGCUGGACUGUCUGAAUAGAGAUAAUUACAUCCGCUCCUGUAAAUUGCUCCCUGAUGGCUGCACUCUCAUAGUGGGAGGGGAAGCCAGUACUCUGUCCAUCUGGGACCUGGCAGCUCCGACCCCGCGCAUCAAAGCAGAGCUGACGUCCUCGGCCCCCGCCUGCUAUGCCCUGGCCAUCAGCCCCGACUCCAAGGUCUGCUUCUCCUGCUGCAGCGAUGGCAACAUCGCCGUGUGGGACCUGCACAACCAGACGCUGGUGAGGCAAUUCCAGGGCCACACAGACGGAGCCAGCUGUAUUGACAUUUCUAACGAUGGCACCAAGCUCUGGACGGGUGGAUUGGACAACACCGUCAGGUCCUGGGACCUGCGUGAGGGGCGGCAGCUGCAGCAGCACGACUUCACCUCGCAGAUCUUCUCUCUGGGCUACUGCCCGACCGGGGAGUGGCUGGCUGUGGGCAUGGAGAGCAGCAAUGUGGAAGUCCUGCACGUGAACAAGCCUGACAAGUAUCAGCUGCAUCUCCAUGAGAGCUGUGUGCUGUCCCUAAAAUUUGCUUAUUGUGGUAAGUGGUUUGUGAGUACUGGAAAAGACAACCUCCUCAAUGCGUGGCGGACACCUUAUGGAGCCAGCAUCUUCCAGUCCAAAGAGUCCUCAUCGGUGCUGAGCUGUGACAUCUCUGUGGAUGAUAAGUACAUAGUCACUGGCUCAGGUGACAAGAAGGCCACAGUCUAUGAAGUCAUCUACUGAAAACAUAACAUGUUUAUCAUUUAUAGUUGAAUUGGGCCAAAAUGUUUUGAAUUUGUAGAAAUAGAGAAGCUGUAACUUUAAAAGAAUAAAAACAUGUACAAAAACAUAAAAACCCUAUUUCCAAACCUGAUACAAUACUACUCCAAGUCUAAAGGAGGAGGCAAUGAGUUCGUCACCAGAAGGUCACCUGUCUGCCUGCCUAAACCAGAAGGAGCACUGAGACGCGCGGACCAGGGCCAUGGCUGUGGGGCUGAGGAGCAGGCCUGCUGCUCGUGCUGUGCCCAUCCUUCCCGCGGGUUUGUCACUCACACCUUGAGGUGUGAGGCUGCUUUCUGUUCCGUGCAGUUCACCUCGUGUUCUGUCCUUCGUAGAGCAGUGGUGUCUCUGAUGAACCUGUUUCCUGGUUUUGCAUCUUGUGUAAUGUUUUUUUGUAUUUUUGUUGAAGGUUAAACAUUUGUAUAAAUUGUAAAUAUAUUUGGUUUAUUACAGUAAAGGCUUUAGUACCAAUAA